UUGAGAUUUUAAUACAAAUACACUAUAAUCAUUUACGGUAAUCCUUUACAGUAAAUGCAGUGUGCAAAGAUCUGUUUUCCCCUGACUUGCUAGGGUUUGAUGUACCAUCCUUGAGAUAUUUUUUGAAAAAAAUCAGGGAAAGAAAAUCAGUAGUUUUUAAAGAGAUAGUGGGUAGUUGCCAGCUCUUACUGAUCAGACAACCUGCAGUGGGCAUUCCAGGACCCAAAGCAGUCCCCUGUGUCUUCUCUGCCCCCCUGGUGAGCUGGGUGACCAGCCAUGAUGGGCAGAUGGACCAAGGAUCCUGGCCAGCUCUCUAUGUCAUGGACUGUUGGCACUAGAUUUCUAGCUCUGCAGAUAUGCUCAAAAGACAGGCUUGGAGAAUUUUCCAGAGCCACAGACUCAGAGGAGGAAGAACCUCGGUUUAAGAGUUAAAGCUCUGGAUUCAAUCCUGGCCCCAUAAAUCAUUCUGUGUCUUUAAGCAAGUGAUUUACUUUUGUGGACCUCAAUUUCAUCCCUGGUAAUACUUAAGGUAGAAGAGAUGUGAUUAUUGGAGAGAGUGGAUAUCCACAGCACCUGAGUAGUGUGUGGUACCUAGUUUCUCUCCGGAAAUGAUCCCUCGGGGGACUAGCACAGCGAGAGUAGCUCCAGGUCUGAGCACAUAGACUGAGAUCAGUGUUUCUCAAAGUGUGGUCAACGUCCUUUCACCAGUCUCCAAGGAGGUAAGGGCCUUGCACCCAAAGGUGAAUCAGUGAUGUCACUAAGAGGACACUGGUUAGUCCAGUUGCCAGUGUUUUCCAGAGCAAGACUUUGUCGAUGAAGGAAGCUGCGUGUUGAUUUACAUUCUGGGGCGAGCUCUGUAUUUUGUUACAGACUGACGACACACGGCAUGUGGCUGGGCAUUUAGAGUAUCUCCGCUUUGGGUCCUGGCUCCAUGAACUGAUUUCCAUUCAUGUUUUUAUCCUUUUUUAGCCUUCCCUUCACAUUUCUGCCUUGUUUUUUCCCCAUCUCCGGGCAGACUGUUCUUCCAACAACCCCGCUCAGGUCCAGCUGCGACAGGAACUUAAUAAUUCCCUCCAGAUUGCUGAGAAGUUCACCAGGCUGUACGAGGAGCUGCUGCAGUCCUAUCAGGAGAAGAUGUUCAACACGUCCUCCCUGCUGAAGCAGCUGAAUGAGCAGUUUAGUUGGGUGUCCCAGCUGGCUAAUCUCACUCAAAGUGAAGACCCAUUCUAUCUCCAGGUCACAACGGUGGGGUCCCAGACUUCUGACUCCAGCGUUCCCACUGGGGUCACUAAGGUGGUUGUGAAGCUCUUCGAUUCCGACCCCAUCACUGUGAUGAUCCCAGAAGACGUCUCCAGGAACAAUCCUAAAUUUAUGGAGACUGUGGCAGAGAAAGCCCUUCAGGAAUACCGCCAUAAGAACCGGGAGGAAUGAGAUGUGACCACUGCCUCUCCAAAUAGGGGGCUGCCUGAGUUCCGUUGCCCCCGAGAUGAGUGAUAGGCCCCUAGAGAGAGCUCCGCAUGUCACUGAGUGGACCGGGCCUUGCCUCGAGGCCCUUCUGUCCCCUCACCCAGCCUUUCCUCCCUCCGGACUCCGCACCGUAACGCCGCGUUCGCUGAUCAUGGGAAGAACUCCUGUGUGCCACUAACUCAAUAAAACCGCCAGUAAUCUGAA